AAUUACAUACGUAAUAAUUUUCUCUCUUUUGUUGCAACCUAUAUCUAAUUUCUCAAUAACAAAAAUUAUCUAAAUAUCUAAAAAAAUAAAACAAAACCAAUUAAAAAAAAAAAAAUGAUGGUGAUGAUGAGCAGAGAAAAAAAAAGAUCGUGAAGAUCGUUUAAAGGAUUGGACCAGAUUCAUAGGAUUUAUAAUUGAUGUUCAACACGUCAACAACCCCACCCUCCCACUGCCACUAGCCAAACGUCCCCUCUCUCUCUUCUUUCUCUCUCUAAUCAAAAAGCCCCUUUUGAGUUUUACCUACUCUACCACUCUCCAACUCUAUACCUGUUUCUCUUUGAUCUUCCUCUGCUCUGCUUUUCGACCUCCGAUCACUAUCACUAUGGCUACUGAAAAUCCUUUCAAGUCUAUAUUGAAGACUCUUGAGAAGCCUGAUGGUGGUGAAUUCGGCAAGUACUAUAGCUUGCCGGCUCUCAAUGAUCCUAGAAUCGAUAGGCUUCCAUACUCCAUCAGAAUCCUUCUCGAAUCGGCGAUUCGAAACUGUGAUGAGUUUCAGGUUAAGAUUAAAGAUGUUGAGAAAAUCAUUGACUGGGAAAAUACUUCUCCCAAACAGGUUGAGAUCCCAUUCAAACCUGCUAGAGUGCUUCUUCAGGAUUUUACUGGAGUACCUGCUGUUGUUGAUCUUGCUUGCAUGCGCGAUGCCAUGAACAACCUCGGUGGUGAUUCUAACAAGAUUAAUCCAUUGGUUCCUGUAGAUCUUGUCAUUGAUCACUCUGUUCAGGUUGAUGUGGCAAGAUCGGAAAAUGCCGUGCAGGCAAAUAUGGAACUUGAAUUCCAUAGGAAUAAAGAACGAUUUGGUUUCCUGAAAUGGGGAUCAAGUGCGUUCAAUAACAUGCUUGUUGUUCCUCCAGGAUCAGGGAUAGUUCACCAGGUUAAUCUAGAAUAUCUUGGCAGAGUUGUUUUCAACAGAGAUGGCUUGCUUUACCCUGACAGUGUUGUAGGAACAGAUUCACAUACUACUAUGAUAGAUGGAUUGGGUGUUGCUGGCUGGGGAGUUGGUGGAAUAGAAGCCGAAGCUGCAAUGCUCGGACAGCCAAUGAGCAUGGUCUUGCCUGGUGUUGUUGGAUUUAAAUUGUCAGGAAAACUGAGAAAUGGUGUGACAGCUACUGACUUGGUUUUGACAGUUACUCAAAUGCUAAGGAAACAUGGGGUAGUUGGCAAAUUUGUUGAGUUUUAUGGGGAAGGCAUGAGUGAAUUGUCUUUGGCAGACCGUGCCACCAUUGCAAACAUGUCUCCUGAGUAUGGUGCUACCAUGGGCUUCUUUCCUGUGGAUCAUGUUACUUUGCAAUACUUGAAACUGACGGGUAGAAGUGAUGAUACUAUUUCUACCAUAGAAGCAUAUCUACGGGCUAAUAAGAUGUUUGUGGACUACAGUGAGCCCCAAGCUGAGAGAGUCUAUUCCUCUCAUCUAGAGCUAAAUCUGGAGGAUGUUGAACCCUCUGUGUCAGGUCCAAAGAGGCCACAUGAUCGCGUUGCUUUGAAAGAAAUGAAAGCAGAUUGGCAUGCAUGUCUUGACAACAGAGUUGGAUUCAAGGGUUUCGCUAUACCUAAGGAAUCUCAAAGCAAGGUUGUAGAGUUCCCAUUUCAUGGGACCCCAGCACAGCUUAGGCAUGGGGAUGUUGUUAUAGCAGCUAUCACAAGUUGCACUAAUACAUCAAACCCCAGUGUAAUGCUUGGAGCUGCUUUGGUUGCAAAGAAGGCUUGUGAACUCGGAUUAGAGGUUAAGCCAUGGAUUAAGACAAGUCUUGCUCCAGGUUCUGGGGUUGUAACCAAAUACUUGCAGAAAAGUGGUUUGCAGCCAUAUUUGAAUCAACUAGGAUUUCACAUCGUUGGUUAUGGAUGCACCACAUGCAUUGGAAAUUCAGGCGAUCUUGAUGAAGCAGUUGCAACAGCUAUUACUGAAAAUGAUAUAGUAGCUGCAGCUGUGCUGUCGGGAAAUAGGAACUUUGAGGGUCGUGUACAUCCUUUGACGAGGGCUAAUUAUCUUGCUUCUCCUCCACUUGUUGUUGCCUAUGCUCUUGCUGGCACGGUGGAUAUUGAUUUUGAAAGCGAACCUAUUGGCUUGGGAAAAGAUGGAAAGAAGAUAUUUUUCAGGGACAUUUGGCCAUCCAAUGAAGAAGUAGCAGAGGUUGUGCAAUCAAGUGUGCUUCCUGAUAUGUUUAGGGCCACAUAUGAAGCAAUCACCAAAGGAAAUCCCAUGUGGAAUCAAUUGUCUGUUCCUUCUGGCUCUCUUUAUGCCUGGGACACUAAAUCGACUUAUAUACAUGAGCCACCCUACUUUAAAAAUAUGACCAUGUCUCCCCCAGGCCCUCAUGGAGUGAAGAAUGCCUACUGCUUGCUGAACUUUGGAGAUAGUAUUACAACUGAUCACAUCUCUCCAGCUGGUAGCAUCCAUAAGGACAGUCCUGCGGCCAAAUACCUUUUGGAACGUGGGGUGGAUAGAAGAGACUUUAACUCUUAUGGAAGUCGACGUGGUAAUGAUGAGAUCAUGGCAAGGGGCACUUUCGCAAAUAUCCGCAUUGUCAACAAGCUAUUGAAAGGAGAAGUUGGUCCGAAAACAAUUCAUAUUCCCACUGGGGAAAAAUUGUCUGUUUUUGAUGCUGCUGUGAGGUACAAGAGUGAAGGACAGCACACAAUUAUCUUGGCUGGUGCCGAGUAUGGGAGUGGAAGUUCUCGUGAUUGGGCUGCUAAGGGCCCAAUGCUACUGGGUGUGAAAGCAGUCAUAGCAAAGAGCUUUGAGAGAAUUCACCGCAGCAAUUUGGUGGGUAUGGGUAUCAUUCCAUUAUGCUUUAAGCCUGGGGAAGAUGCUGAAACUCUUGGAUUAACUGGUCAUGAACGCUUCAGUAUUGAUCUUCCCAACAGUGUGAGUGAAAUUAGACCUGGUCAAGAUGUCACAGUGGUGACAGACAAUGGCAAGUCAUUCACUUGUAUACUACGAUUUGAUACAGAGGUUGAACUGGCAUAUUUUGAUCACGGGGGCAUUCUGCAAUACGUCAUCAGGAAUUUGAUCAGCGCAAAACAUUGAGUCACAAAAUUCUUGUGGAUUGUGAAGCUCAACAUCUUUGCAAUUCUCCCUCAAAGUUCUAAUAAACGUUGUCGGCUGCACAAGGGGAAAUCAGCUUUGGUGCUGAUCCUAGCUUCUCUAAAUAAAGGGGAAUUUGGUGGGGAAUUUUUUUAGUAUUGUAAAUUCAUAUUGCAUUUUACAAUAUUAGAUUGCAGUUAAAAUUAUAAUUUAAUUUUCCAAGCACAGUUUCAGAUGAUAAUUGAACUUGAAAGGGUGAUGUUUGUCUUGGGAAUUUUAUAUCGCUGUCUAAAUUUCAUUGCUUGAAGGUCUUCUAAUCUUUGCUAUAA